AUGCAGUCCUGCGAACCAUGCCAACAGGUCCUGCGACAGGAGGUUAUCUCGCCAGAGGACGCACCAGUGAGUGAGCAGCUUCAGCAGCUUGAAGCGCAGCCACGUGCCGAAGUGUCGCACUCCCAGCAGCAGCAGCAGCAGCAGCAGCAGCAGCAGCCUGGUAAUGGCGAAUCUGAGGCUGUUGAGCCGAGUGGCGACCACGCGGACGCAGCGGAGGAGAAUAUCUCAAAGCCAAGCAUCGGGUUGGACAACUGUCCGAGCACAGCUUCGAAGGGCUCUUAUGUAAGAGCUGCAGACAAGGUCUAUUGGGUGAGCUACGAGGAUCCGCUUCAACUCAUUCGGCUCCCAAGUGGAAAUGCGGCGCAGGUGGCAACUUCAAUGUUCGCUGCUCGGUACGAGACAUACGCCAUCUCCUUGUAUGCAGACGAAGCCGCCAACUGGAAGCAAGCCAUGAAGGGCCGGUGGCAUGACAGGGUUGAAGGCAUGGAGCUCACAUUGGAUACAGGCAAGAAAGUGGUGUCCAUGCCGGCAGACAUGACCAACGAUCCCAGCAUCUCCGGCAAGGCUGAUGUUAUCAUCUUGGCGGUUCCGUCUUUCGCACAUGGGCAAUACUUUGAAGCCUUCUACCCGUAUAUCAAGCCUGGCACAAUCGUCGCGUGCAUGCCAGCCCGGUCAGGAGGUGAUAUUCUUUUUGCUUCCAAGAUGAAGGAGAAGGCUGACAGUCUGGCGUUCGUUGGGUUCGAGACACUGCCAUGGGCAUGUCGUUUCACCGAGUGGGGCAAAAGGGCCACGAUCCUCGGCACCAAAGGGCAGAUUCUGGCUGCUGUCACGCCGGAGAGUAAGGCCUCCCACGCCAUCGCAACUCUCCAGGGGCUCUUGGGCGUCUUUCCGGAAGUCCUGAAGAGCCCCAACAACUUGGGCAUCAGCCUGCGCAACCCGGGACAGGUCAUUCAUCCAGGAGUCAUGUAUGGCCGCUGGUGUUCUGAGAAGUGGGAUGGUCAGAAGUUGUCCGAAAAGCCUUUGUUCUAUCAGGGCGUUGAUGACUUCACAGAGGGUGUCCUCCUCGGGCUUUCUGACGAAGUGCAAGCAGUCUGCCGUAAGGUAGAGUCGUUGGUUUCGGGUUUCGACUUGAAGGAUGCGUGCACACUGCAUCAAUGGUACUUGGACUCGUACAAAGGACAGAUGGCGGAUGACUCCACGCUCAAGUUGUCCAUGAACACGAACAGUGCCUACACCGGCCUUACGCAUCCCAUGAAGGAAGUGGAUGGUGGCUUCAUGCCUGACUUGAAGUACCGAUACCUCGCCGAGGAUGUUCCGACAGGCUUGUGCUUUACCCGAGGACUCGCGGAGCUUCUGGAAGUGCCAACGCCCACCAUGGACAAGGUGAUUACCUUCGCCCAGGAGCACCUCGGCAAAAGCUUCCUGACUGAUGGCAAGAUGGCCGGUGCCAACAUUGGGGAAACGCGAGCACCGCAGGCUGUCGGAAUCAAUUCCAAGGAGGAGUUCUUCAAGAUGGCCAAGAUCGUCCGUGGCGCGCUGAGCUCUUCCAGGCUCUUGAAACGAGAGGAGGCUGAGGUGCUCUUGUCAGCGCCUCGAUCCGCCGAGGCCACGUGCCCUUCGACCCCCGAGCCCGGUGCAGAGCGCUGCUUUUCGGCUCGGGGAGUGUUGCAAGGUCAAGGGGUGGCCGUGAUGCAGGUGCCGAUCACACGGACCAUCACUCCAAGGCCGGUGCCGGCCUUCAGUCAUUUCGCGGCGCGGCAAGCUCGGCAGGAGGAGAUCGAGCUCAACGCAGUGCUUGCAUGCGAGACACAGUCUGCUACAGCGGCAGAGAUCAGGCAGCCUUCACAGCAGCACGAGGUCUUUACAUCCUCCGGAAGUUGGUUCGAUCUCACAGCAUCUGCCAUCAAGGGUGUAUUGUCGGCCGUGGCUUACCACCAUGCCGUCUCAGCUGCGAGCAUGCAGCAGUUCAAGAAGCGCCGUUGUGUGAUGCCCUUCCGUGCUUCGAGUACUCUGGUACGUUUCUUGAUGUGCGAGGGUUUGAGUUUCAUCCUGUUUCGUGGACGGGGGCCAAGAGUGCAUGUAACCGGUGAGUAUUGCCGUCAAGCAAAGCAAAUUGACAGGCGUCUCACUCUUGCUAUCUGA